UUCGAGUUCAAAGAGAGAAAAAAAUGGAAGAACAGAGGCGCGGAGAAUCAAUUCACCCUUCUAAAAUCUCUGAUCUGAAGCCCCUAACACACGAGGCCUACGGCGGCGGGAUGUACGGCAAGGACGACGUCAAAGACGGCAGUGGUGGCGAGCUGGAGCAGAGGAGGAAGCCGCCGGCGAGCGAGACGCAGAGUGCCGAUGGGAUUUCGGAGCCGUCGACGGAACCGAAGCACAAGCCUCCUCCUUCCACCGGCGAUCGUGAUCUCGACAUCACUGGCCUGUCUUACAUCCAAUAGGCAGCUGGAAGGAACUCUUUCCUCAUAGAAUCCUACUUUAGGAAUAAACCAAUCUUUUAAUUUUGUAUUGAGAUCAAUAUUAUAUUUGCAAUUUUGUUAGUCAAACAGAUCUCAUUGCAAAUUUAAUGGAACGGAAUUUUUCCUCCUAUAUAAAUAAGAUUCUAUAAGGAAUUUCUUACAGAGCAUA